AUGCUUCCUUGCCCUGUUCCCCGAGCCCGAUUCGCUGAUGGAGAUAUUAUGGUUGACGAAAAUGGCCGACGAUUGAGGUGGAAGAGAAAGGACGCCAAUCCCAAGGUCGAGGACGGAAUCGUCCAAUUCAAUGAUAUGUCAACCGAGGAGUCCGAAAACGCACAGGACAGGGCCAAGAGGGAAUGUCCUCUGCCGAAGCCAGGAGCUACGAAACUAGGCUAG